GACUUUGCCACGGACCUGGGCUUCAAGAAGGUCCUCUGCGCUUUGAUGGAGCUGAAGGAGGGCGGCGUGAUUUGGUUUUCGCCGCCGUACUGUGGAGACCCGCAGGAGAACGACAUUCAGAACGUCGCCGAGGCCAAGCGCGAGGAGUACCUCGACACGGCGAAGAAGGUGUGCUUCUUGGGCAUGGUCGCAGUGCGGCGCAAGGUCACGGUCAUCGUAGAGUGCGCGCGGGAUAGUUGGUUCUGGAAGUACGGCCCGUGGAUGACCAUGGUGGAGUCCCACGGCAUGUACUGCUCCGACGUUGUGUUCUGCGCGUACUCCGAUGACGCGCCCUACGAUACGUUCCAGCACCGCAUCAGGCUCAUGGGGACCGAGUGGUGGGUGGGCCUCCUAGGCAGCAAGUGCACCCACGGAGAGGGAGUUCACCCGCGUGCCCGCUUAUGCUGGUUCAACGAGGUCUACCCGCCGAAAUUCUGCCAGUUUGUCGUCGAGACUUACAAGAAGUUCGCCCGCGUGGAGCCGCUUGACCCUGGCCCUGUCCCGUACGCGGAAGCUCUCUCGCAGUCUGGAGUCGAUGCGGAUUUCUCGCUCGGCAUGGGGUUCCUCGGCGUCGAGCGGCCCAGGAAGUUGGCAAGAACGGAUUCGGCAGUGUCGGAGCGGCUGAGCGCCCCGUUGGACGGGCUGAGCGAGUCGGACAAGGAGCCCGAUAGCAUAGGCGGCGAUGGUGCCAAGAUCGAGGACCAAGCGUUUUUCAUGACGAGCACGCCCCAGCGAGACAGCAACGGCAAGUACACGAAGGAGAGCAUGGACAAGUUCGUGGACGAGCAGAAGGCCAUCCAGGCGAGCCUCGAGCAAGAGGAGAUGGACCGCAAGCUCGCUAUGCGCAUGCAACAACAAGAGGUGCGAGACACCCUUAAGGCUGAUAUCGCGAGGGCUUCCGAGGGCGCGGCCGCCUCGAGCAUUCGCGUGGAGGAGGUCGACAGCCCUCCCAUCGCAGAGAUCGACACCGCGAUCGCAGUCGACGAGGUCGACAGCCCCCUCGAGCCCUCGGAAAGUGAGAGGCCCACGCGGUGCCCUCUGCGCUGCCCCGUUCCCGCGUUCCGCGACCCGAGCCCGUCGAGCACGUCUGAGAGCGACGGGCCUGCGUGA